UCAGAUGACCAUGCUCAUAAAUCGGACACUGUUAACUACACCGGCUUUAAAGUCAUACGCUGUACGGUUGAGACCGAUGAACAGCUCGAGUACUUGCGAUCACUCGUUAAAAACAGAGAAAUCAAAUUUUGGUUACCGCCUACAAUGGUGGGCAAACAUGUUGACAUUAUGGUUAAUAUAACACAUAUGCCUGAGUUAGCUGAAGAACUUGAUGAGCAUGAUAUUUCUUAUGAGGAUUUGAUUGAAGAUGUUGGAAAAAAAAUGAUCAAAGACAAAAUCAGACAGUUCGCGGCCAGCGAUUCAUUUUUCGACGAAUUCCGUCGUAACGGAGAGAUUGAAAAAUUUCUACGCGAAAAACACUCGGAAAACACUAAACUCGUUGGUCUUAUAAGUAUUGGCACGUCAAUAGAGCACCGGGAUAUUAUGGCGGUAAAAAUCGGUGUUGACCAUGGUCGGGCUAAUAAGUCCAUCAUUUACAUCGAUGGUGGCACUCAUGCCCGCGAAUGGGCCGCAGUGUCCACCGCGUGCUAUAUAAUUGACCGCCUCAUUGAUGAUUAUAACGCUGGCGAUAAAGUGGUGACGUAUUUGUUGAAUCGGUUUGAUUUUUAUGUGGUUCCUGUGGUUAAUCCCGAUGGAUAUGAGUACUCACACACAACAGACCGAAUGUGGCGUAAAAACAAAGCUAUACUAAAAGGCAGUGAGUGUUUGGGCACUGAUCUGAACCGUAACUAUGGUUUCCAUUGGGGCGGAGAGGGCUCGAGUCGGGACCCGUGCGAAGAGAACUACUCGGGACCCAAAGCAUUCUCGGAGCCCGAGUCCAGAGCGGUCUCGAGCCUUAUAUUGGAUAACAAACACCGUUUGAUGGCUUAUAUUACG